AUACCACAUGGCAGUACCAACAUUGUCACAGACUCACAGACGACUUCACGAAUACAAUACUUGCUCAAUCCAUCUUAUAAUCAUCAAAGUUUUCUUUUGAAUCAGGAAAACAAGAAUUUGUUUGAAUUCUUUUUCGAAGUAAAGAAAUAUGGCCGAGAAGAAUCAGCAGAGCUUUGCAUCAGCAAAUGGCUACUCCAGGAAGGAUGAAGAAUCAGCCACCCUGCAAUCCGAAAACGUGCUCAAACGCCAAAAGAGAAUCAAACUGGCUAUGUAUAUUGGUGCUUUCAUUGUCUUCCAGAUCAUAGUGAUGACCGUAUUUGGUCUCACUGUGAUGAAAGUUAAGACCCCGAAGGUCUGCUUAGGCGACAUCAACAUCCAAAGCCUCAACUCCGUCUCUGCCACAUCUUCAUUUGACACAAGCUUCACAACCCAAAUCAGAGUCAAGAACACAAACUGGGGCCCAUAUAAGUUUGAUGCAAGCACUGCAACGUUCAUGUAUCAAGGCGUGGCUGUGGGGCAAGUUAGUCUUCCUAAGACCAAGGCUGGUAUGCGUUCCACCAAAAAGAUCGAUGUCACAGUGAGUCUAAAUUCCAAUGGAUUGCCAAGCUCAAAUCUCGGAAGUGAUUUGAAUGCUGGGAUCUUGACCCUCAGCAGCCAAGCUAAAUUGACUGGAAAGGUUGAUCUCAUGUUCAUCAUGAAGAAAAACAAAUCGGCUAAUAUGGACUGUACCGUAGCGUUUGAUCUGUCCUCUAAGACAGUCCAAGCUUUACAAUGCAAGUGAGCUAAAGGCUGAAUCUCCAGCAUUGAUCAAGACUAGUUCUUGAUUUGUAUUCUUUGAUUCAUUCUUUAUAUUUUCUGUAUAAGGUUGCUUAAUUUGUUUCACUUACAUAUUGUAUAGAAAAAAUCUAUGCUUUUACUGUUUUACAUGUAGUUCCAGAAAAGUAAGCUUUAAAUUUUUAUGGAGUGAUAGUUUUGGACAA